ACAACCGCACCUGUCAGCUGAUUGCAAAACAUUGCGAAUCGGUUGCAGCGGAUCGAUUGCGCAAAGAUGCAACGCGACCAGCUACCCGUGCUCUUGUGAGUUUCCAUUUACUUUUUAAAUAAAAUCUAGCUUAAAGUGCUACAAAAAAAAAACGACAACAAUGAUGUUGUCAACGUCGACGACACGAGCAGCAGCAAGGAUGGGUGUUAAGCUGUUCACAAGAACCGUUCCGGCUCGUGCCGCAGACCCAUUCCAUGUGCACUACAGCGGUAACGCUGGGUCGGCGAUCGCACAGAACACAUUGCCGGCCACUGUACGCGGUACGCAGGAAAGGUGGAUGAAACGGUUCGAAUCGGAAUCCAUCCCCGAACCGGAAACCUCCAUCGUGAACAUCAUCGCACACGUGCUCGAGCUGUCCGGUCCGUCGGAAGUUGGCAACCACCAAAACUCAUCGCUCAACGAUGCUCAGAUGGCAAAAAUCGAAGCAUUGUGCGAAUGCCGGCUCGCCCGCAUGCCAAUACAGUACAUUAUUCGCGAGUGGGAUUUCCGCGACCUGACGCUGAAAAUGAUCCCGCCCGUGUUUAUACCGCGCCCGGAAACGGAAGAGCUGGUCGAGCUGAUACUGCAGCAGAUGGAAAAUCAAGAGAAAACGCUCUUCCUCGAGAUCGGAUGCGGGACGGGUGCAAUAAGUCUUUCGCUGCUGAAACACGCCCCGAAGGCCUCUGCGAUAGCGAUCGACCAAAGCCGAAUUGCGUGCGAGCUAACGCGAGAAAACGCCGAAUCGGUCGGCUUGAUGGACCGGUUGCGCAUAUUCAAGCACAAGCUGGUGAACGAUUUGCCACCGGAGCUGCACACGCAAACGUUCGACAUGAUCGUCAGCAAUCCUCCGUACGUGCCCUCGGUGCUUAUUCCCACGCUCGAUCCGGAGGUAAAAAUCUACGAAGAUCUGCGAGCACUGGACGGUGGUUAUGAUGGACUAACUGUGAUAAAAGCCAUUCUCCGGGUAGCCGGCAAACACCUUAACAAGGAUGGCGUCCUGUGGCUCGAGGUGGACAGCUCACAUCCACCGGUCAUUGAGGAGUUUCUGACGAAGCACGGCGAGCUGAUGGGACUACGGUUUGUGGCGUCGUACAAGGAUCUGUUUCAGAAGGAUCGAUUCGUCGAGAUAGUUAAGCUAUAAGCUGAUUGCAUUUGUUACUCGUACCUAGAGAGCGUUUGUUAGCGUUUAGCGAGACUACCAGGAUAAUAGAAACGUGGGAAAAGACAGCAGCAAUGCAGCCAAACACUAGUAUAGUAUAGCUCUGCUUUCCAUUAUUUAUUCUCACCUACAUACACACACACACAUACACGCUCAACCUACAGCAAUCGACCCUUGCAACCUCGUUCGCCACAGACGCAGGUCAGCACCUUCCCGUUGACAGAGCCCACGUCGUAGUUAUAGUUCCACGUUAGUUCCGUGCCAGCUUUAAUGUUACAGUACGCGAAGAACGCGACCCAGGGAAACCGUACGUCGUGCGUAUCGACAAACACGCUCUGGACGAACAGAUUGGGCACGCAGGAAUGCUUUAUCGUGUAAGAAGGGGGAAAAAAAUAGAAUCGCGAGAGUACGAAACGUUAGCUCCUUCGUCCACCGUGUGGCAGUGUCUUUAGUCCCAGAAAGUAUUCGUCUAGCUGCAUAUUUCACUCGAAAGGGCGAGUUUGGAGCAUCUCAGGCGUUAAAUAAUAAAGCUAAAGUAUACAGGUUUGAGAUAGUUGAUACAUGAAUACACAGUUUUUGUUGAAAA